AUGAACAAUAGAGCGAGAUAUCCACUUGGAAACAAUGGGUUAGGGCGAGGUGGAGGUGGAGGUGGUGGAGGUGGAGGGUUUCAACAGAGACCGAAUCAACAACAGUAUGUGCAGAGGCACAUGAUGCAAAAUCAGCAUCCGCAACAACAAUAUCAACAGAAUCAACAAUAUCAGCAACAGCAACAACAACAGUGGCUGAGAAGGAACCAGUUGGGUGGUACUGACACCGGUGUUGUGGAGGAGGUCGAGAAGACUGUACAGUCUGAAACAAAUGACUCUAGUUCACAAGAUUGGAAGGCAAGACUAAAGAUUCCACCAGCUGAUACACGCUAUAGGACAGAGGACGUGACAGCAACUAAAGGAAAUGAGUUUGAGGAUUACUUUUUGAAGCGUGAGCUGCUAAUGGGAAUAUAUGAGAAGGGGUUUGAAAGGCCAUCCCCCAUUCAAGAAGAAAGCAUUCCAAUUGCCCUUACUGGUAGUGACAUUCUUGCUAGGGCUAAAAAUGGAACAGGCAAAACAGCUGCAUUUUGCGUUCCUGCAUUGGAAAAAAUUGAUCAAGAUAAUAAUGUUAUUCAAGUUGUUAUUCUGGUUCCAACACGAGAACUAGCUUUGCAAACAUCUCAAGUAUGUAAAGAGCUUGGAAAACAUUUGCAAAUUCAAGUUAUGGUCACAACAGGCGGUACAAGCCUGAAAGAUGACAUUAUGCGUUUAUAUCAACCUGUUCAUCUGCUAGUUGGUACUCCAGGAAGAAUUUUGGAUCUUGCAAGGAAGGGUGUCUGUGUUCUAAAAGAUUGUUCUAUGCUCGUCAUGGAUGAGGCUGAUAAACUUCUCUCCCCAGAGUUCCAGCCUUCGAUAGAGCAGCUGAUUCAAUUUCUUCCCUCAAACCGUCAAAUCCUUAUGUUUUCGGCUACAUUUCCUGUUACUGUAAAGGAUUUCAAAGAUAGAUAUCUUCGUAAGCCAUAUAUCAUUAAUCUUAUGGACGAGCUAACUCUGAAGGGUAUUACCCAAUUUUAUGCAUUUGUGGAGGAGAGGCAGAAAGUCCACUGCCUAAAUACUCUUUUCUCUAAGCUGCAAAUAAACCAGUCAAUCAUCUUCUGCAACUCGGUCAACCGGGUUGAACUCCUUGCCAAAAAAAUCACAGAACUAGGAAAUCUUGUUUGUACUGAUCUUUUCACUAGGGGAAUAGAUAUUCAAGCAGUGAAUGUUGUUAUUAAUUUUGAUUUUCCCAAGAACUCAGAGACAUAUCUGCACAGGGUUGGUCGAUCAGGGAGGUUUGGACACCUUGGCUUAGCAGUGAACUUAAUAACCUAUGAGGAUCGUUUCAAUUUGUAUAGGAUUGAACAAGAACUUGGCACUGAAAUAAAACAAAUUCCUCCGUUCAUUGACCAGGCCAUAUAUUGUCGGUGA